UUUCAUCUAGGCUUUGGAGUUAUCACCGGACAUGAUUACCCCUCCCGCGUGGCGAUCCAGAUGUUGCAAGAGCUUUACACCGAGUUUAUGGGCAAGUUUGGUUCGGAAGUACCGUCCGCGGCCGACAACGCCCUCACAAAAAAGGCGAAGAAAAUCAUGCAGACUACUUGCGAAAAGUAUGACGAUCUGGACAAGGUGGACAAGGCCUCGGCCUUGCUCGGAAAGGUGGACGUGGUCAAGAGCCAGAUGCAGGACAACAUUUCUGACAUGCUCAAGAACACGGAACAGGCCGAGACUUUGGCGGACAAGUCGGAUCAGCUGAACGAACAAGCUUCCGUUUUCAAGAAACGUUCCAACGACUUGCGUAAGCAAAUGGCCUGCAAGAAUUUGAAAAUGACCUUGAUUUUGGGAGGACUCAUUCUCAUCAUUUUGAUCGCUAUUUUGGCGCCCCUCAUCAAGCGUGCGCGAAACUAA